GAAGAGCCCAUAGAAGACAGUGAGUCAACAGUGAGCAUGAUGACUGUGAUGGAGGUGAUGACGAGGGCAAGGAUGAGGAAGAGGGAAACCACGAGAGAGAGCAGCGACGUAUGAUGAAGAAGAACUCGGAUGACGAAGAUGAAGAACAACCCGAUGAUGAUGAAAAUUAUGAGGACAAGGACUACGAUGUCAGUGAAGAUGAUGGCGACUCUGACUUCAGGCACAAUGUCUCCUCUAUGGAGAGGAGACAUUGUCACACGCAGGCAUGCCAAAAUACUACAGGAGGACCCAGCGAAGAAAUCGGGCUCUGACGCCAAGUCUUCUGACCAGCAGGACGGUACAGCAGAGGGAAAUGACAAGCAGGCCUCAAACGCCACAAGGCGUUUACUUUGACGGCGAGGAGUCAUGCUACAUCAUCGAUGCAAAGCUGGAGGGGAAUGUGGGUCGCUACCUCAAUCAUAGCUGCCACCCAAACCUGUUUGCGCAGAAUGUUUUUGUGGACACACAUGACCUUCGAUUCCCCUGGGUGGCUUUCUUCACCAGCAAGCGCAUCAGAGCUGGUACAGAACUGGCGUGGGAUUMUAAAUGUGAGCUCGGUGUGAAAAGGUCGUCAAGAAUCCUAAAUUGUCGCUGUGAUCCAGAGUGUAGGGAAAAGUUAUGAAUGCCCUUACGUCUUCUUCCAGCUUCACCCCUGAAGUACAUUUAUGAAUAUAUUGUAGUAGGUGGUCUAGUUUUUGUAUUUUAAACCAUGCAGUGCCUGAGGUUUUUGUUCAUAUUACGAUUCUUAAAUUGUGCUCGAAUAAGUUCAUUCGGAAGUAUUGUCUCCUAGUUAAAUAAAAAAUAUUGAAAUGUCCUUUUCAGCAUUCCAAAUUUGUUCUGCAAAGUUAUUCUGCUCCAAAUAAUAUUUAGUUAAACUAUAUUCUCACAUUUUCCUUAAAUGUUUCCAAAGAAAAUGUUUUGUAAAUGUAUUAAACCAUCAAGCAGUUGUGCAGAAGGGUCUGGCCAAAGACAGUUGUGAGAGAGAAAUUACAUAUUUACCUGAUUUUGUUUGAUAUUAAUAGUUAAUGAUUUAUAUACUUAACAAAUAGUAAGACAUUUCUGUUCUGUUAAUGCUGUCUUUCUGUAAAGGGAUGGUUUCCACUCUAGGUUCCUCCAGUUAGUCUGGGCGUAUUGUCAAGAAAUGGGUUUUGCGAGAGAUCGCUUGAGCUGACAGUGACUUGGUGAUAAAAACCUACAGCUGGCAUUCCAUAGACAAGAUGUGGUGUGUGUGACCCGAGAUGGAGAUAGGCUGGAAGUGUUUAGAACCAUCCCUCAUUGUCUCAUCUUCAUCCUUGCAUCUGGGAAACUAAGCCRGGUUGGGAGUAAAACAACAUCCUGUGCAGAUAACCAGGAGAUGAACCCAAGGUGACUUGUGGUGCCCCCCACCCGAUCAGCAUGGGAGGGAUGGAACCAGCCAUGACUAAGCAAUUUUAGUGUCAGCUA